GAUGGAUCAGAAAUGUAAGUCAUGAACUGGACUGAGAGCAACAGUAGUGUCAGCUGGUGGGAGGACGCUAACCAGACGUCACCAUGGGGCGAAGACCCAGGGGUUGUCUACAUCUCACAACGGGACCCUCUCUUCGUCGUCGUCCCCAUGACAUGUCUGUACGCCGUGAUCCUGGUGAGUGGCGUGGUCGGCAACAUCAGCACCUGUGUCGUCAUCGCUCGCAACAAGCAUAUGCACACGGCCACCAACUACUACCUGUUCAGCCUGGCCAUCUCAGACCUAUUGCUGCUGCUGACUGGCCUCCCUCAGGAGAUGUAUCAGAUUUGGUACAGGUACCCUUAUGUGUUCGGGGAGUUUUUCUGUCGGAUGACGUCGUUUGCCCAGGAGACGUCGGCGAACGCGACUGUCCUGACCAUCACAGCCUUCACUGUCGAGAGAUACGUCGCCAUCUGCCAUCCCUUCCUGUCCUACACCGUCAGCAAACUGUCCAGGGCCAUCAAGUUCAUCAUGGCCAUCUGGGUGCUGGCUCUGUGUCUCGCAGUACCUCAGGCAAUUCAGUUUGGAGUAGCCAGCAUGGGCAAAGUAAAUGGUACAGACGACCCAGAGAAAUUAAUUUGCACUCUCAAGUUUGAGUUCAUCAAGCAUGCUUUCCACAUCUCCACCGGUCUGUUCUUCGUGGUUCCGAUGACACUGAUCACGAUCCUGUAUAUCCUGAUUGGACUGAAUCUCAGACGAUCACGAAUGCUGAAGAGGCCGAGCAGCACAAACCAGCAGCAACAGUCAUAUGCGACGAGCCGUGGUCACAACCACGUUGUUCGUAUGUUAGUGGCGGUGGUGGUGGCGUUUUUCAUAUGCUGGGCGCCAUUCCAUUGUCAACGGUUGCUGGCUGUCUAUGCUAGCAGCACCACCAACCACGGUCCUAUGCUGGUCGCAGUCUACAACGCUCUUACCUAUGUGUCUGGGGUGCUCUACUUCCUGUCAACCUGUGUCAACCCCUUCCUAUACCAUACGAUGAGCAACAAGUUUCGCCAAGCGUUCAAGGCGACGCUGGCUCAGUUGUGUUCCCGUGGCAAAAGCAGCCGUCAAACUCGCAGCUACAGCAUCCUGUCGAGGGCAGGAGUUCCGGGAACACUAGUGGCUCGGUCCUCCAUGUCCUGCACGACCAAGGAGGCUGUAGUGAUGGUGGGCCGUGGUCCUCGUAGUGUCCAGCCAGCCUACAGGUCACCUGCCGUGCCACACGUCAUCGGCAAGAAGCUGAGGCUCAACAGUGAUACUAUCAGCAACUCUAGCCUGCAGGACGUGGACGACGGCGAGUACGUGGGGUACGAGCUGGCGCACUACAUGGGGGAGCUGAAUCGCCGGUGACGGUGACAUCAGCGGCGCUGCUACACCAUCUAGGCGCCGCCAAGUUCUGAAGGACAUCAGCAAUGCUGCUUCGUUCGUAGAUGACUGAGUGCUGAAUAAGGUCAGCAGCAGUAAAACAGUGCUGCUUCGAGUGUAGAUGACUGAGUGCUGAAGGACAAUUAAGAUCAGCAAUGCCGCUUCCUUCGUAGAUGUUAAUGCUGAAUUACGUUUAAGGUCAGCAGCA